GAUAGCUUUAUGUAUUGCUACAAAUAGUAGCGCAUGGCUGGGUACCGGUGUCCUCGUCACCAACAUGAGAAACUUCCCUUUCAGUAGAGGCACAGUUGCUGGCAUUCUGAAGGGUUACAUUGGCCUCAGCGCUGCAGUGUAUACUCUACUUUACACAGGAGUGCUCAAUCACUCGCCCUCCAAGUUAUUGCUGCUACUUACUCUUGGCCUGCCACUUGUUUGCCUUGCAAUGAUGUAUUUUGUGCGUCCCUGCAGUCCAGCUUCAGAAGAUGACUCGUCUGAGUACUGCCAUUUCUUGUUCACCCAGAUUGUUAGUGUUGUUCUAGGCCUCUACUUGCUAACUUCGACACUACUCGAUAAUGUUUUAUCGCCUAAUAGUUUAGUUACCUAUGUAUUUUUUUGCAUAAUGAUCCUCUUGCUCCUUUCUCCGCUUUCAAUCCCAUUGAAGAUGACUUUGUACCCAAAUAAGAAGAAAUAUGGUAUUAAAACAACUCCAUCCAGUUCUUCCGAUCAACUAUCUCAGCUUGAUCAAGAUACAACAGAACCAUUGCUUGCCGCGUCUUCAUCUGCAACAAAUCUUAGUAGCUUUCAGGAGUCAGAUGAUUCUUUUGAUGUGGAUCUUCUAUUGGCUGAAGGGGAAGGUGCUGUACAUAUGAAGAAGAAAAGAAAACCUAAGAGAGGGGAAGAUUUUAAAUUUCGUGAAGCCUUGAUCAAGGCUGAUUUUUGGUUAUUAUUUCUUUGUUAUUUCCUUGGGGUUGGUUCGGGUGUUACGGUACUAAAUAACCUGGCGCAGAUUGGAAUUGCUGCAGGUGUCAAUGAUACAACUGUUUUAUUGUGUCUUUUCAGCUUUUGCAAUUUUGUUGGCCGGCUUGGCGGUGGUUCCGUCUCCGAGUAUUAUGUAAGAUCAAAAAUGCUUCCUCGACCCGUAUGGAUGGCUUUCACUCAACUGAUAAUGGUCGUUACUUACCUUCUCUUUGCAUUAGGCCUUCAUGGUACUCUCUAUAUUUCAACUUCACUUCUUGGUAUCUGCUAUGGUUUUCAAUUUUCUGUGAUGGUGCCGACCGCAUCGGAACUAUUUGGAUUAAAGCACUUUGGAAUCAUUUACAAUUUCAUGCUGUUAGGAAAUCCUCUUGGGGCACUCUUGCUCUCAGCUAUACUUGCAGGGUAUGUCUAUGAUAACGAAGCUGCAAAGCAGGGUGGAACUACCUGCCUUGGGCCCAGUUGCUUUGGGCUCACAUUCCUUGUUCUAGCCGGAGUCUGUGCAUUGGGAUCUGUGUUGAGUGUUAUCCUGACAGUUAGAAUAAAGCCCGUAUACCAGAUGCUUUAUUCAAGUGGCUCGUUUCGCCUGCCUUCAAGUUCACAACAUUAGAACUUCUGUUUGAAUGUCUUCAUUUUGGUUAAACUAUUCCUCAAGUAUGUUCUACCUUCAGUGCAUGAUAUAUUUUUGUGACAAUGAUGCUGUAGGACAUUUUACAUGAGAAAACUAUUGUUUUAGUUUAAAGUAAAUUUUACAUGAGAAA